UCUCCCGUUAGAGUUCUUCUUUCCCGCCAUACUACGGAAUUCUGGGAACACGUGAAUUUUUCAAGAUGGCAGAAAAAGAAGAUGAACCGACUCCGGCAGAAGAUAUUGUUGUCACCAAAUAUAAAAUGGCUGGUGACAUGGUGAAUGGAAUUUUGAAGGAGGUGAUAGGUAAAUGUGUAGAUGGAGCAUCAGUUCUCAGUAUAUGUGUGUUUGGAGAUGCGAGAUUGACGGAAGAGACUGGCAAGGUGUUCAAAAAAGAUAAAGAAAUGAAAAAAGGUAUAGCCUUCCCGACUUGUAUCUCUGUGAAUAACUGCAUAUGUCACUUUUCUCCACUCAAAAGUGAUCCAGAUGUGACAAUAAAAAAUGGCGAUGUUGUCAAAAUAGAUUUGGGUGCACAAAUAGAUGGCUUCAUAGCUGUUGUUGCUCACACAUUGGUAGUCGGAGCAUCUGAAGAAAAUAAGGUGUCUGGUCGUAAAGCAGAUGUGAUGAUGGCAGCAAUCAAUGCAGCAGAAAUAGCGUUAAGAAUGGUGAAACCAGGUGCUGAAAACUACACAGUAACAGAUGGAAUACAGAGGGUAGCUGAUUCAUUUAAAUGUAAACCUAUAGAAGGAAUGUUAUCACAUCAAUUAAAGAAAAACGUUAUAGAUGGUGAAAAGGCAAUAAUACAGAACCCUUCAGAAAAUCAGAGAAAAGAUCAUGAAAAAUGUGAAUUUGAUGUAUAUGAAGUAUAUGGUAUAGAUGUGUUAGUCACUUCAGGAGAAGGAAAGGGGAGAGAAUCAGAUACCAGGACAACAGUCUUUAAAAAGAAAGAUAUAGUAUAUCAGCUGAAAAUGAAAGCCUCUAGACAAUUUCUCAGUGAGACAGAAAAGAAGUUUGGUCUAAUGCCAUUUACACUCAGGUUAUUUGAUGAAGAAGUGAAGGCUAGAAUGGGUGUUGUUGAGUGUGUCAAACAUGAUUUGGUGCAACCAUUCAAUGUGCUCUAUGAAAAAACAGGGGAAGUUGUGGCUCAGUUCAAGUUUACUGUGAUUCUCAUGCCAAACGGACCACUGAAAAUAACAGGCCUUCCAUUUGACACAGAUUUAUAUCAGUCAGAAUACAGUGUACAAGACGAGGAUCUAAAGGCUCUACUUGCACAGUCCGCUUCACGAAAAGCUGCAAAAAAGAAGAAGAAACGUGCAGGAAAGGCUGUGGCAGAGCAGGCAGAAGGCGGAGUAGAGAUGGAAGCAUGAUAGAGUGCCGUCAUUCAUAAAUAAAUUAUUGUACAUUAACGCAUACUUGAAGAGUGCUGAAAUUUUAGUUAGAAAUGUUGAAAAGUGCUAUGGAAGUUUACAAGUUAUUGUGAUAAAUCCUGGGACAGGUUUACAUAGUUGACUUUAUAUGCAUUUUGUAAUUUGAUAGGAGCUAAACUUAAAAGUGCCAAUGUUAAGACAAGCAUCAAAUAAUGUGGCCAUGAAAUAGGUUGAAGUCUCAGUAUCUUCAGCCAAAAAAAAAAAAAAAAACCUGAAAAAAAACCACUAAAAAACAAAACUGUAUCAAUUGGCAGAAAUCAAAAGUAUUCUUUUUUUAAGAUUGGUUAAAGAAACUGGUUAUAGUCAAUUUUGUUAGGUGUAACAGACCUUUGAGAUAUAGUUAUAUUUACUGUCUGAGUUCUACUUUUUUAUCAGAUGGCUUGUUAGUUAAUUAGUUACUUCUUACUGCUUCAAAAUCAUUACAUUGGAAAAGGGUGCAGAAACUUAAAAAAAAGCACGAAAGAUAGAAUGUUUAUGCAUCCAGGUCUAAGACAUUUCAGGGCAUAAAAUGCUAUAUAAAAAUAUGCUUUUGUAUAUCUGUUAGUGCAACUUAUUUUAAGGAAGUAUUUGAAGACUGAUCAAUUGUAAACUUGAAAGCUUGUAAGCUUAAGACGAUUAUACCAUUCGGAAAAGUAUGUACUGGAAACUGGAAGUUGGGGAAAAAGGUACAGAUACCUGUAUGGUUUAAAAUUUACGUUUUGAGAACACCUGCUGUUACAUGAUAUUAUUUAUUUUUUCUCAGAUUUGCAUUUUCCUUUGCAAAAUAGAAUUUGGAAGUUUGAAUUGUAUAAAACUCUGCAUUGAGAUGAAGGGCAUUUAUUAAUGAUUUUGCUGAAGGAUCCUUUUGUGUUGGUGUCCAUCCUAAAUUUCUUAUAUUUUGAACAGCAUGAAUUGAUAAAAUAAUUAAAGGAAA